GUUGUUUGCUUCCGGGGAAACAGAGUUUUGGGGUUUUUGCCGGGUAAGAACUCCCGCCAUUUUUCUAACCCAAGUGUUAUCGUCUUGCAUUUUUUCCAAUGUAGUUAUUACGACCCGUUGUUAUCAUUAUUACAAGUUCAACUUCAAGGACGUAAAUACAUAGUAAUACUAUACACUUCGUGAGAAGAGGCCUAGUUUUUGGAGACAAGGGUGUAGUAGAGUGCGCCAGACCCCCUGACGGGAACCUCAGCUAUUGCCGCGAGUUCGAGAAUCUUGUGAAGCUUGCAUCUCCAUCCUCUUUUUGGACUAGCAGAACUUUCUCCAAAUACCUAUAGAGUACAUUCUUAUUGUACACCUUUAAACAGACGAUUUUGCCACGUUUGUGUUAAAUAAUGACACUACUACCAGCAAACGGAACAAGGAUGCGACGUGACUGCUAGGAAGAAGUGCUGUGUUAUUGUUUUGCAACGAGGAUUUAGCCGACUAACGUUAGCUAGCUUGCUAGCCAGCUAGCCAGUAGUAGGUUAGCAAGCUAAAUGCUACACGUUGAAUGCCCCGGGAACGUGGAGAGUGCUUGGUGAUAUUCUUUUGGAUACUUGACUACAUGCUAAGGCUGUAUAAUCAUAUUUUCCGUAGUUUUGUGCUAGGAGUUUUAUUUUUAGAGUCGUCAUCGCUGCCGUCUUGUACUCACGAUGGCACCACUGCUGGGCCGGAAACCAUACCCACUGGUUAAGCCGCUAGCCGGGCCGCCAGGCCCAGAUGAGGAGGUUUACAUCAUCGAACACACCAAUGAGGCCUUCAGGAACAAAGAAGAGUACGAGGCACGCCUGCAGAGGUAUGCCGAGCGCAUCUGGACGUGCAAGAGCACUGGGAGCAACCAGCUCACUCACAAGGAGGCCUGGGAGGAGGAGCAGGAAGUCACCGAACUGCUCCAAGAGGAGUAUCCACUAUGGUUCGAGAAGCCCGUCCUGGAGAUUGUCCAUCACAACACUGUCUCCUUGGACAAGCUGGUAGACCUGGCGUGGGUGGAGAUUCUAACCAAGUACGCAGCGGAUGAAGAGUGUGACUUUCUGGUGGGAAAGGAAAAGAGCUUGCGGGUUAAGGUUGUGAAGAUACACCCACUUGAGGGGAAUGCUGAGGGUGAGACGUCAGAGAAGAAGCUGGAGGGGGCCUGCGACUCUCCUUCCAGUGACAAGGAGAAUGCCAGCCAGGAGAACCAGAAGAAGGAACAACCGCUGCCCUGUGAAGAGGAGAACCCCAGGGAGAGCAGGAGAGAGAGCCUCAGCGACCGGGCGCGGCGUUCCCCCAGGAAACUUCCCACCGCAAUGAAGGAGGAGAAGAAGAGAUGGGUGAUGCCGAAGUUCCUGCCACACAAAUACGACGUCAAGCUGAUCAAUGAGGACAAGGUCAUUAGUGAUGUCCCGGUGGACAGCCUCUUCCGGACAGAGCGCCCUCCAACCAAGGAGAUAAUGCGCUACUUCAUCCGGCACUACGCACUGCGGCUGGGGAUGGGAGAGACCGCCCCCUGGGUGGUCGAGGACGAACUGGUGAAGAAGUACCACCUUCCGAGCAAAUUCAGCGACUUCCUCCUGGAUCCGCAGAAGUUUUUUACAGAAAAUCCGGUCUCGUCAAAGCGCAAGAGUCUGAGCUCGCCGGAGGGCAAACCCAACAAGAAACUGAAAACCUCGGACACCCCGGAAGGAGUAGGUUCAGGGAGUGAGAAGGGAGACAAGAAGAGGAGGCGAAAGAAGGAUUCUCUCAGCAUGCCCCUGAGCCCUACAAUCUGGGGCCACAUGCAGAUGAAGAUGAACGGAUCGCCGCUGAAGUUAAAGAAUUCCGGCACCUCCAAGAAAGGAGAGAGUGGGGCCUCUGUCCUGUCAACCCCAAAAUCCGGGAAAAAACAAGGGGACAAGAAAUCCGCUGAUGGCAAAAAGACCCCCGGCAAGAGUGGCCAGAAGGCGUCGUCCAAAAAGGAUGAAAAGGGCGGCUCCGCCAAGAAGCCCAAAAUGAAGCAGAUGACCUUGCUGGACUUGGCUAAGAGUCCUCCCACCAGCAGCCCCCGGAAGAGAGCCCGGAGUGCCGGCCCAGGGACCCCCAAGCUGGGGAAACCCCUCCACCCUAUGGCCCUACAUCUGCUGCGCUACUACAAGGAGCACAAGGGCAAGGAGGACAAGAGGAACGCCAUGUCCUGCCUCAUAACAAAGGCCGCCAAGGCCCUCUCCGCCGACGACCGAGGCCGGCUACCAGAGGAGCUCCGGGACCUGGUCCAGAAGCGCUGGGAGCUGCUGGAGCAGAAGAGAAAAUGGGCAGCCAUGAGUGAGGAGGAGAAAAAAGACGUAAUGCGGAAGAAACGUGAGGAGAUCAAGGAAAAGCUCCGGGAGAAAGCCAAGGAACGGCGAGAGAAGGAGAUGCAGGUGCGCCGCGAACAGCAGCGGCGCUUUGAGGACCAGGAGAUUGAGGGCGGCAAGGCGCUGCCGGUCUUCAAGCUGGUCGACAUGCCGGAGGGCCUGCCCAAUGCCCUGUUCGGUGACGUGGCGAUGGUGGCGGAUUUCUUAAACUGCUAUGCGGGCUUACUGAUGCCUGAUGACCAGUAUCCAGUCACAGCAGCGGCCCUGAUGGAGGCUCUGGCUGGGGAGAAAGCGGGUUUCCUCUAUCUCAACCGUGUGCUGGUGGUGCUUCUACAGACCCUGCUGCAGGACGAGCUGGCAGAGGGUUACAGUGAACUGGACAUGCCACUGUCGGAGAUCCCCCUCACCCUCCACUCCGUCUCGGAGCUGGUUCGCCUGUGCCUUCGGCCCUGUGACGCCCACGGGGAAGACUCCGGCCAGGGCUCUGGGGGUGAGGACUGGGCACUCUUCUGGGGCUUCGACCAGGUGGUGAGUAGCGAGUUCCUGGAGCAGCUGGAGACGGUGGAGGUGUUUGAGCUGACGCCGGCGGAGAAGGCCAGCCUGCUGGUGGCGCUGUGCCACCGCAUCCUCAUGACCUACUCUGUGGAGGAUCACGUGGACGCCAUGCACCAGCGCUCGGCCGAGCUGUGGAAGGAGAGGCUGGCCUCGCUCAAGGAGGUGAACGACCGCAAGCGGGCCGAGAAGCAGCGGCGCAAGGAGCAGGCUGAGGUCAAAGGUGAGGGCGUCGUUAGUGGCGACACGUCGUCGUCCGGCGCCAAGGCGGAGAAGAAGAAAGAAGGCGUUGCCAAGAAGGAGUUGAAGAAGGAGGUGAAAGCAGAGGUGGCGGACGAGGAGCAGGAAGACAUGAUCAGUACAGUGAAGAGCAGGAGGCUGAUGUCCAUCCAGGCCAAGAAGGAGAAAGAAGAGCAGGAUCGGCAGAACAAGGAGCGCAUGGAGAAGGAGGCGGAGGAGGAACGAGUCCGCAAGCAGAAGGCUGCAGCGGAGAGGGCCUUCCUGGACGGCAUCAACAAGGCCAAGUUGGUCCUGAGGAGGGUCCCACUGGGGACCGACCGAAACCAUAGCAGGUACUGGCUAUUCUCCGAUGUGGUGCCUGGCCUGUACAUAGAGAAGGGCUGGGUGCACGAGAGCAUCGACUACAACUACACUCUCCCCUCAGAGGAGGCGCCAGCAGAGCCUGACGACCAGGAGGCCUCCGAGGAGAAGGCCCAUGGUGUUGAGAAGGAGGACGAUGGCAGCAGUCUAGAUGGUGCUCUGGGCGAUGCCGCCCACCAGGGGGCGCCAGCCAACAUCUGCAUAGAGACCACCACUCCUAAGCUGGGGCAGAACCUCUGGUUCGUGUGUGAUUCCCCGCGGGACUUCGAGGACCUGGUGGAGAGUCUCCACGCGCAGGGUGUGAGAGAGAGCGAGCUGAAGACCAGGCUGCAGUGCAGGUACCAGGAUAUCCUCCAUUCUAUCAACUUAGCCCGCAAAGGAAGCCCGGGCCUGAGGAGCUGCGACGGUUACCAGGAGCUGCUGAAGUACCUCCGCAGUGACAUCAUCGAGGUGGCCUCACGGCUUCAGAAGGGCGGUCUGGGCUACAUGGAUGACACCAUGGACGAGUUUGAGGAAAAGGUGCGUGGCCUGGAGAACUUGAAAGACUUUGGGGAGUGUGUCAUCACCCUUCAGGCCUGUGUCAUCAAGAAGUUCCUGCAAGGCUUCAUGGCCCCCAAACAGAAGAAGAGGAAGAAGCAGGAAGGGGAAGAGAGCAGGAAGACCGAGGAGGUGGAUGAGGAGAAGAAGUUGGCGGAGGAGGCCAGAGUAGCGACGGCUGUGGAGAAAUGGAAGACUGCGAUCUGUGAGGCCCAGACCUUCUCCCGCAUGCACGUCCUCCUGGGUAUGCUGGACGCCUGCAUCAAGUGGGACAUGUCGGCGGAAAACGCGCGCUGCAAGGUCUGCCGCAAGAAAGGUGAGGAUGACAAGCUCAUCCUGUGCGACGAGUGCAACAAGGCCUUCCACUUGUUCUGUCUGCGCCCAGCCCUCUACCGAAUCCCACAAGGGGAGUGGCUGUGUCCGGCCUGCCAGCCUGCCGUUCAGAGACGCUGCUCCCGUGGGAGAAACUACAACGAGGACACAGAGGAGGAGGAGGAUUCGGAGGACGAAGAUGAGUCUGAAUCUGAGGACUUUGAAGAUGAUGAUGAAGAAGAUAACGAUUACAAGGCUAUGGGCCACAGCCUGAGACCACGGAAAAAGACCAAGCGCUCUAAAGCAUCCAAGGGACCCACCAAGGGGGGCUCUAAGAAGCACUCUCCCCCGACCAAAGCCCCCAAACAGAGGGCCGCCCCCAGCAGUCCUGCCGACAUUGACGAGCUGGUGCGUCAGAGCUCCAAGACAGGUGUUCGUCGGCAGGCUCUGGAGCUGGAGAGGUGUGAGGAGAUUCUGCAGAAACUGGUCAAGUUUCGUUACAGCUGGCCCUUCAGAGAGCCGGUGUCUGUUGAGGAGGCUGAGGACUAUUUUGACAUCAUCAGCAACCCCAUGGACUUCCAGACCAUGCAGGCCAAGUUCAGCGAGGGCCAGUACCGCCACGCCCAGGACUUCCUGGAGGACAUCAAGCUGGUGUUCUCCAACGCCGAGGAGUACAACCAGGUGGGGAGCUCGGUGCUGUCCUGCAUGGCAAAGACGGAGCUGAGCUUCACCGAGCUUCUCCACAAGCUGCUGCCCGGACUCAGCUACCUCCGGCGCCGCCAGCGGAAGAAAGUCAGUCGGACCCCACAAGUCUCGGAUGAUGAGGAUGAUGAGGAGGAGGAGGAUGGGGAGGAGGAGGAGGAGGAAGAAGAAGAAGAGGAGGAGGAAACUCAGAAGGGGCAGAAGAUGAAUGGUAAGGUGGGUGGUCCCAGGAAAGGGUCUGCCGACCGAGGGAGGAGCGGGAGGAGAAGGGAUGAGGAGAGUGAGGAGGAGGAGGAGGAGGAGGGCAGUGCACGGAGGAAGAGCAAGCGGGCCGUCGCCACGUCCAACCGGAGAGACUAUCGGGAGCAGGAGAGCGACGGGGAGGAGCACGGGAACCGGAGAACUCGGAAGCGGGGGGGUCGCGGGGGAGAUGGGGGGGAGAGUGAUGAGGAGAACAGGGCCAGCCACCGACAUUCCAAGCGGCCGAAACGCUCGUAAUGAAAUCCAGGGUGCUUUUUUUUUUUUUUUUUUAUGAUUUUCUGCUCCUGAAAUGAAAACAUAACCCCCCCCCC